AUGCAGACCUACGCGAAUGCAAUAGUUGAGUGCCUGCCCGCCUUUGGUUGUGAUAAAGCCUCCGGCGUCUCUGGAACCAACAUCCACCACAUCUGGAAAGCCCUACAUCGCCCAGAGAUCAAAGUUUACCACUUUCACCAUGAAUCAGGGGCUGCAUUUGCCGCGGCAGAGUAUUCUAUACAGACUGGCAAAUUCGCUGUUGUUUUCGUAACGAGCGGGCCAGGAAUCACGAAUGCUAUCACUGGAUUACGUUGUGCUCGUGCAGACGGAGCACGUAUCGUCUUCAUUGCUGGCUUGACGAGCGAGGAGGCUGAUCGAACAGGUCGUCGACUUGUUCAGGAGACCUUUCCAAUGGAUGUGGAGGGGCUAACUGGACCAACUGCCGAUAGUGCACUCAGCUGCUGUGUGAUCGUCAGGGACGAAUUGGAUGUAUGGCGACUACGACAAACCUUGAUGCUGAUUAGACGUGAUCCACUUGGGGGCGUCUUGGGUGUUUUCUUGACUGACGCCAGAAGCAAAUCACUCAUACCGCAACAACAUCCGAAAUUCGAACUUCUCCCAUUUCCCUCUUUGUCCAAGGAGGCCCUUGAUGCUUGCAAGGGGGUUGUUGAAAUGCUUAAAACCAAGGGCUCUGUACUUUGGAUCGGUUACGGCUGUCGUGGUGCCUCGGCUCUUGUCAUGAAGCUUGCAGAACGAUACGAUCUCCCCGUUCUUGCUACGCCCCGCGCCAAGGGGAUUUUCCCAGAGACUCAUGCCUUGUAUCAAGGGGUCCUUCUUCUUGGAUCCAAGGCGGCUGAGCUGAGUUCCAUGUUUAUCCAGUGCGAAUGGGUCGAUACGGUUUUCUACUGUGUUAGCUUGGAGACUUCCGAGGUCAAACGAAACAUGCCCAAGGGUUCGGUUGCUAUUGAAGCUGAGGUUGGUCUCUUUCUUAGAGCCUUGUUGGAGAUAAAGGUUACUGGGCACAGAAUUGUAAAGCCGGCCAUACCAAAGGCCACGAUCCCACCAAUGCGAGCUACAUCAAAAGGACGGAUCCAUCCAUCAAAAAUCAUGUAUGUUGUUCAGGUCGCGAUCAAUCGAGGUGCAUGUUCGAUCAUCGCCGAAGCCGGAAAAAGUCUCUGCUGGACAGCCCAUUACCUGAAAUUCCCCAAACCUGGGCUCUAUCGAUCAAACCUAGAUUCCGCUCCCUUGGGUCACGCUGUCUGCGGUGUUGUCGGCAUGGGCCUUGCGGACAAUCACGCGGUGGCCAUUGUUAGUGACGCAGCAAUGUUGAAGCAGUCAGAGGUGAGCACCGCCGUUCUAUAUGGAUCGAAAGCCAUCUGGCUAGUCAUGAAUGGCAGCCAAUAUGAUACUUUUGAUCAAACGUCUCAAGCUUCGGGAGAUGUCCCACCUCCAUAUUGCAUUCCUUAUACAGACUUUGAGUUAUUGGCACGGGCAGUUGGGUGUGAGGGAUCUACGGUUACAGGGGAGAAGGAGCUGCGAGAAGCACUCAAAGAAGCAUUGAUGAGAGAUGGACCUACUGUUAUCAAUGUUCUCGUGGAUUCUUCGCCCGUGGCACCCCUCAAAUCUAAGAAGCAUGGCUCACCAGUGAUGCCCCUGGGUAGCACAGAUAGCUGA